GCACACUUGUGUGAGACGGGUGUGUUGGGACUUCAACAGUAUAUAAGGGGUUUGGGGGAAACUUCUGUCACAUGUGCCGCUAAAAUCUCUCGAGAUGGACAAGACUAUAGGUGCAUCUGGCAAGAAUUUGGAAGUUGUUUCUGAAGCCAAUGCUCAGUCACAGCAACUCACUGAGAUGUCCGAAGACGUCCCUGUCAACACUGAGAUGUCCGAAGACGUCCCUGUCCACACUGAGAUGCAGGAAGGUGCUCCAGAUGGAAGGAAGAAGGAGACGGAGACAGAGAUGGAGAAAAGUGCGAAUGGCAAAGAGCGCCAAGCUAUGUUUCGGCACCUAAGUGAAGACAACAUCGUUCAUUCUCUGGAGAAUCAACUGUCGAAGACGGUGCGGCCUGACACUGAGAUUGACUUCAACGCUUUCAAGAGGCACCUCAAAAUUAGAGAUUCAUAUUUUGCCAGACGUUUCUUCAAGCUGUUUGACACCGACAAGAACCACUCGGUGGAUGCGUCAGAACUAAUCUCAGCCAUCAACCUUUUGAGAUACGGAACAGCCACAGAGAAGCUAAAGUUCCUCUUUGACGUCUACGACGAGAGUGGUGAUGGUUCUAUCGACAUCGAGGAGUUACGGAGGGCGUUACGGUCGUGUAUGGUGGAGAGCUCGGUGAAGCUGGGAGAGGAGGAACUGGACAUGCUGACUCAGGCAUUAUUUGAGGAAGCAGAUGAAGACAAGAACGGACAAAUGUCCUUCGAAGAAUUCGAAUCUGCUAUUGAUAGACAUCCUGGGUUGAAGGAGAACUUGUGUCUCAGCUUGGAUCAAUGGUUAACGUUGUCACCAAAGAAGAAGACAUGGCCUUCUCUAAGUUACUAUUUCUCGAAGAGGUACGUCUGCAACAACCCCCGGAAGCUGGCCUUCUUCGCCAUAUUGAUGCUCCUCAACUGCAUCCUGUUUGCUCUGGGCUGCUGGAACUACCGGACAUCCAACUGGUGCAUCAUUGUAGCCAGAGGAUGCGGCCUCUGUCUCAACUUCGACUGCACCUUCAUAGUUGUCCUCAUGCUCCGGAAGUGCAUCACCUGGCUGCGUGCGACCCCUGUUGGUCACCUGCUUCCGCUUGACCAGCAUAUCAUGUUCCACAAGUUGACGGGCAUCUUAAUCAUGCUGUUUACUAUUCUUCAUACUGGAAUGCAUAUCGGGAACGCAAUCAUAGUAGCCGAGAGUCAGUUCAACCUGACAGUGCCUGUCUUCAUCUUCACCACAGAAGCGGACAUUGGCUGGGUGGCCGGCUUCGCUCCUCUCUCUGGUGUUCUGCUCGUCGUCGUCUUCGUCAUCAUGUUCAUCUGCUCCAUGCCCUUCGUCAGGAAGAGCGGCCAUUUUCAGGUUUUCUACUGGACUCACAUGCUGUACGUGAUCUUCUGGAUCUUGCUGAUUCUUCACGGACGCCAUUUCUGGAAGUGGUUCCUUGUCCCGGGCGCCAUGUUUUUUCUUGAGAAACUCUUUCGUUCAAAAUUGAUCAAACGCAUGAGAUACGGCAAUACCUUUAUAACGGAAAUCAACCUUCUGCCGUCUAAGGUGACUCAUCUUGUGAUCCCGAAGCCUCCCAAAAUGAAAUUCCGACCCGGGGACUACAUCUUCCUACAGAUCCCAGACAUCGCUAAACAUGAGUGGCAUCCUUUCACUAUCAGCAGCGCCCCCGAACUAGAAGAUAAGUUAUGGCUUCACGUGCGGUCAGCCGGACAUUGGACAAACAGGCUACAUGAUUAUUUCGACACCCUUGACAGAAAUAUGGGCGAUCAGAGUCACCUCAAAGGAUAUGUAAACAACGGGUUUGCUGGAAGCCAAGUCAGGUUACAGAGUUACAAAUCAACUAUUGUCGACAUGAAACCUACGUGUGGAAAAAGUCCCCCCACAGUUACAGAAGGGAAUCCUAGAAAACUGAUGAAGUCAAGGAGUGCGUCAUACCUUCUGCCUCCGAAAGUACAUAAGAAAGUGCAGGUGCAGUGUUACAUGGAUGGGCCUUAUGGCACUUGCUCAAGGGCAAUAUUUGAAACCGAGCACGCUGUUCUGAUUGGCUCCGGUAUCGGCGUGACUCCCUACGCCUCCAUCCUACAGAGCAUCAUGUACAGGUUCAAGGCCUACAAGAGAUGCUGCCCCAGCUGUAGCCACUCCUGGUAUGAUGAAGUACCGCCACACGUCAUGAACCUCAAGAAGGUCGACUUCAUCUGGAUCAACCGUGACCAGGAGUCGUUCGAGUGGUUCGGCAGUCUCCUCAAUCAGUUGGAAAUGGAACAGACUAUGGAAGGCGGGCUGGGAAACUUUCUCGAGAUGCACAUGUAUAUGACUGCAGCACUUAACAAGACGGACCUGAAAGGAAUCGGCUUACAGAUGGCCCUUGACCUCAUCCAUAAGAAACAAGACAAAGACCUGUUGACGGGGCUGAAAACACGCACACAUCCAGGGAGGCCUGACUUCAGAAAGCUUUUCGCAGAGAUUGCCACACAAAACAAGGGGCACGUGAAGGUAUUCUUCUGUGGAAGUCCGCUGUUGUCCAAGACUAUCAAACAACACUGCGAAACGUUUGGAUUCGGUUUUUCAAAAGAAAAUUUCUAAUAGCAUGUUGCUGUUCUUGUUCAGCUAUAGUUGAAACAUGUUGACCUGUUGUUUAUCUUAUGUCACUAUCAACUCAUAUUGAGUACUGUUCUUAUUUUGCUAAUAUCUCCCUUACGACUCAGGCAAUACGACUGACUGUUUAAACAUGGCCCGGGCAUUUCAUGGCUAAUUCAGAGUGAGUUGGGUUUAACGCCGCUUUUAACAGUAUUCCAGUUAUAUCACUUAACAGGGGUCUCCAAAACCAUCCGCAAGACCCUCAAGAACUCCGACCCCAGGCCCAAACCAGCUCCAUCACCCAUCAGAAUCACCAUACCCUACCAAGGCCCUGUCACUCAUCAGAUUUCCCACCUCAUCAAGAACAAAGCCAGCAUAGAUGUCACCUUCUCUAGCGGCAAGUCCACCAAGACCCAUCUACAAGCUAAUGGCAGAGGCACAAGCAGCGCAAGUCCCAACCCCCGAGGAUGUAUAUACCAAAUUCCCUGCAACUGUGGCCACCAGUACAUUGGAGAAACCCUUAGACCCCUCAACACAAGACUCAAAGAACAUCGGACCUCUGCUAACAAACUCGACCUGAUAUCCACUAUUUCCGAACACAUCCUGAAGAACGAAAACCAUAACAUGUUUGCUUACUUACUUACUUACUUACUUACUUUGGAGAUUUAACGUGCGCUUUCCGACUGAUGCGUAUUUCGCACACGGGCUCGACCAGGCCAUUUAAUGUGUUUCCGAAAGGGGCGAAAGUGGUGUGUGCAAC